CAUUUACAACAUAGACAAGUACAAAGCUUAAAAAUGCCACUUUUUGGCUGGAUGAAAUGGCCCAAAAACUAUUCCUACAAACCCACACAAUACCCUGGCUCUGAAGUAGUGACAAAGACCCUGCUGAGGGAAUUGAAAUGGCACCUGAAAGAGCGUGAAAGAUUAGUGCAAGAAAUUGAAAAUGAACAAAGAGUCCAGAAAACCAGCGUGGAUUACAACUGGCUGAAGAACUAUCAAAAUCCUCAAGCUACAAUCCCAGCUACUGAACAAAGGCAGCUUGAAGCUCUUUGCUCCCAAAUUCAACCUUGUCAAACUGGAACUGUCCUCAGCAGAUUUCGUGAAGUUUUGGCAGAAAAUGAUGUCUUGCCAUGGGAAAUAGUCUACAUAUUCAAGCAAGUUCUAAAAGAUUUUCUAACUGCUACUGAGAGAGAAAACCAACAAGGGCAACUGGUAGAUGUAUGGAAUACAAAUUGUUCUGUACACAUUACCGCAUCUAGCAACAGCUCUAACAAAUCGGACAAAGAUGAAAUCCCAACAGUUUCAAGUUAUGUUGACAAAAACACACAAAGCAUGUUUCCUACUUUCUCCCAUAGAAUCUGGAACCUACCAUAUUAUUACCCAACAAGUUAAGUUUUUUCUUCAGACAGUUCUCAGUUCUCUUCCA